CUGAACGUAUCACGAUGUCGGGUUCUCUGCCAGCCACCUUUGUCAAGGGCUUCCACGAUGAGGAGCAGGUGCGUCGCAUGGAGUACCGGGAUCUGGGCAAGACGGGCCUGCGAGUCUCAACAUUAGCACUCGGCGGCGCCACUCUGUCCAAUCUCUUCUCCGACGACUUCGAUCGUGAGGAGGGCAUACGCAUGGUGCACGAGGCCAUCAAAUCCGGCAUCAACUACAUAGACACCGCUCCCUUCUAUGGCAAAUCGGAGGAGCUGCUCGGCCAGGCGCUGAAGGAUGUGCCCCGAGAGGCUUACUACAUUGCCACCAAGGUGGCGCGCUACGAACGGGAUCCGGAGAAGAUGUUCAACUACACCGGCGAAAAGGCGAGGGAGAGCGUAAAGCGAAGCCUGAAGCUGCUCGGGCUGGACAGAGUGGAUGUCCUGCAGGUUCAUGAUGUGGAUGCCGCACCCAGCCUGGACAUGGUAUUGAACGAAACCAUCCCCGUCCUGGAAGAGUACGUGAAGGCGGGCAAGGCCCGCUUCAUCGGUAUCACUGCCUACGACGUGGACGUGCUGAAGGAGUGUGCCGAGCGAGCCCAGGGUCGAGUUCAAGUGGUACUCAACUAUGCCCGCUACACUUUGCUGGACAACACACUCCUGCGUUACAUGAAGGCCUUUGAGGACCUGGGCGUGGGCAUCAUCUGUGCUGCCGCCCACUCGCUGGGCCUUCUAAGCAACGGUGGACCUCAGGCCUGGCAUCCGGGCAGUAAGGAACUGCAGGAUGUGGGUAAACGCGGAGCCCAGAUCUGCCGGGAGAACGACGUUGAGCUGGGCAAGCUGGCCAUGUAUUACACCAUGCAGCUGGAAGGAGCGGCCACCUUCCUCAUUGGCAUACCCAACCGGGAGCUGUUGCGGAUCAAUUUGGCGGCAGUCCGCGACGGGCUUACUCCCAAAGAGCAGGAAGUGCUGAAGUAUCUGCUCGAAAACGUUUUCACCAAAUCCUACAGCUGGGGCUCCACUUUAUCCACGGUUAAUAUGUUCAAGUGAGUGGCGGUCGGAACGGGCAUCCGUACCCAAGAUGGUCAAUUGAAGUUCAGCUCUACAUAAGCGGAGGAAAAGCUAUCGGAAGAAGCAGGAAGAUUGGAUAUAGCCAAGCUUGUUAAUCUUAUAAAUAAAUUAAUGGAUUAAAUAACAUUAUUAAAACCAAUCAAGUGGCUUUAAUUUCAAGGAAGAAAAACCAAAUUAAUUUAAAGUCAUUUGUAAAUGGUUACAAAACUAAUAAGCUAUUGUUAAAAAAUAACUAAAUAAAUCAAUCCUAAGACAGA